AUGACUUCUCAAAUGAUUUCUCAAAUUGAAACGUUUUUUCUCAAUAUAGAAAAUUUAAUAGAACUUAAACUAAAAGAUAAUACUCAGAACCAGUCCGAGAUUGAAGAAAAGUUUAAUGAAGGAAAGGUUUUAAUUGAUAAAUUGGAAGGAAUCAGUGAGGAACAACAUGGAUUAUUCAGGCAUACAUAUCAUAUAACCUAUGCUAGCUAUUUAAAAACUGUUGGUGAAAUAGACAAUGCUAAUAUACAAGAAAGAUUAGCAAAAAAAUAUGAAGAAUAUACAAAAAAAUCCGAAAGAAUUGAUAACUACAAAACAAAAACAAUGUUAUUUGCGGAGCUCCCCUCGGAUACUAAUGACCAAGAUUUAAGUCGUGAUGAAAUCUCUAUACAAGAAGCCGUAAAUGAGCAAUUAGAAAAGAUUCAAAGCAUUCUAGAAGAUAAAUUCAUUGAAUCUAUCCGAGAAAAUUUUAAAAUCUUAACUAAGAAUCCCAAAAUAUUCGAGGGUUAUCAAGAAGUUGUAAAUUGUGAAGCUAACGUGCAUAAGUUAGCAAACGGUAUAAUUGAUGAGGGAUUAAUACGUCUGAAUGAGUCUCAGGCUUCAUCGCCGCAAAAUUCAACUAUAAAUCUAAACAAAAAGAAAUCUGAACAAUUGGUUAAUGUUUUGAACCUUUUAAAAUCUUUAGCCAGUGAAGCAGCUUAUUUGAAGAGAAAAUCCUUUAUAUUAUAUUUAUUGAAUUCUCCAGAUAAAAUAAAAAUCCUGUUUAGCAAUGUUAUAUUUACAGAAGAAGGAAUUAGUAAACGCACUAGAGAACUCUCUUUGCAUUUCCACCCUGAUAGAGCAGUAUAUCCUAAUACACCAAAUUGGCUUCGAGACGAAGAUAAAUAUCUAGGCGUUGAGCUAUUUAGAUAUGUUAUGGAGUUUAAAGAUAAAUUGUUGGCUGACUUGGAAAAUAUCUCAAAAAACGAAGGCUACUUGAUUUUUCAUGAGCAAAAGGCGAACGAGCUUUGGAAAACAUCGAUUGAUUACAGAAAUGCAGCUAAAAGUGAAUGGGAUAAACUAAAGCUAGUUAAAAAAAAUGAUAUUGAAGAGCUUAACCCUGAAGAACUGAAGAAUCUUAGCGUGGCCACUGGAAAAUUAGCAUAUCAGGAAUAUAGGGCAGCUUGCCAAAUUGCAGAUAAGACUAAACAACUACAAAAACAAGUAAAGCUACGAGGAUAUAUGGCAUUAUGCUUAUAUAUUUCUAACGAAGCAUUAGAAUCCCAAUUAUAUGCUCUAUCGGCAAUUUAUUUGCAGCUUCAGAAUUCUGACAAGGUCGCGCAGUAUGAACUGGCUGAAGCAAAAAAAAUAUUCGAUAAAGUUAAAGGCGGCAAUUUUAACGAAAGGAAUAAUUCUAAUAAUACGUUGACCGUAAUAAAAACAGAGGAUCAAAAUAUUCCUUAUACUGAGAAAAAGAAAGCUCAAAAUUUGAUUAGCACCGAUAUAGCAAAAAUAUGCACAGAAUUAAUGCUUAAAGCAGAUCGCAGUCUAGUUCGUUAUAAAGCAUCUGAAGAAGAGAUCUUGAAAGCCAAAAAUCAUGCUUUCAAGCACAAAUUAGCAGGAACAAUUACUUUGGGAGCUACUGGUUUUACUAUUUGCGAGGCUGUCGUUGUAAUUGGAAUUGGCACAGCAUUAAUUAAUCCAGUUUUGUUAUUACUAACUGGCAUAGCACUACAUAGCGGCAUAGCCAUGGUGAAAAAAGGUGCAGAUUUGCUAAAAGAACCAGAAAUUCGUGAAAAGCUCAACAAAAUUAUGGAUACAGCACUAAAAGCUUACGACGGAGGAGAAUAUCAGAAGUUUUUCGAUGAACUUUCUAAGGAAUAUGAAAAAGGAGUUAGUCUUAUAAAAUUGGAAAAGCAAGAUGAUGUUAUUAAUCCUAAAGAUAUAAUUAAAACGCUUAUAAGCCAUGGUUUUAGAUCAGAUGGCAUAGCCUAUCUUUUAAAUUUAAUAGGAGAAGCCUUGAGUAGCGGAAAUAUCUGUGUUGAAGGAAGAACUAAAAAAGAGUUAAUGGCCCUAGCGAAAACUGUCUUUAAAGGGGUAUUGAAUGAAAAACUUAUUAAAGAGGCCAAAAAUUUGGAUGACCGCAUUCAUGAAUUACGAAAAAUACACAGAAAGGUCUACAUAAGCUAUGUUAAAAGUACUUUUGAUAGAAUUAGCGAUUUUAUUUUGUUUAAAGAAUAUACUGACCUGGCAAAAGAACAUCAAAAUGAUGCUCAAGAAAUGCCAUUUCAAGCAAGAUUAGAAGAAAUGAGUAAUAUCGCAAGGAUCAAUCUUGCAAUCAUCGAUAUAUUAGAUGCCGGUUUAGAAGAAAUUUCCCGAGCGACCAAAACAAUUAAGGAAGUUCAAAAUUCGAUAAAAUGUAAUUAUCAGUUUGUUGGUAUGGCUAAAUCUCGCCUAGAGGUCUUGGAAGAUCUCUUAUGGGUUAUCGGAGGUUGUAAAUUGCCAGAAGAAUUACCCGAGAACGAGUUAGAACUAAUCACAUAUUCAACAGAAGAGACUCCAGAUGUAAAUGACGAAUAUUUUCGAUAUCUUACUGAAAAACUACAACAUGCAUCUUCUGACAAGGAAAAAUUAAACCUGUAUACACAAUUUGCGGUUCAUUAUGAGAAAAUGGCCGAAAAAGAUGAUAAGCUCGAUAAAUUGAGCAGUUUAUUUCAUUGGCAAUCUGCUCAAAAUAAUUAUAGGGAAGCUCUUGCAAUAGAUUCUCACAAUCAAGAUUUGCAUCUCAGUUAUGCAAAAUGCUUGCUGAAAUUGUCUAAAUACACCCAAGUAAUUGAUCUUUCCAAUGAAAACACUGCUUUGAAUUCAUUAUCGGAAUAUUGGUGUUUUCUUAGUAUUGCACACUGUAAGAAAGCUUAUUACGAACGAGCUAAUGUUUGCAUUAAUGAGGCAUUGAGUUUAGAUUCUAAAAAUAUAUUAGCUGGAAACCAGAAGAAACUUCUCAAAAAAUUUAUGCAAGAAAAUAAAAUUAAAAAUCUUAUUGAUCAUUAUGUAAACGAAAAAAAGGCCAUAAAAUACGAAGUAAAGAAUUCGUAUAGUAAUGAAAGUCCUGCUUAUAAUAUCCUAUCAAUUGAUGGUGGAGGUAUACGUGGGAUAUUACCUGCUUUAUGGCUCAGUGAGAUAGAAUGUCGUACCCAUAAACCCAUCUCUUAUUUAUUUAAUAUGAUAGCUGGAACAUCAACUGGUGGAAUAAUUGCGACUGGACUAUCGGCUCCGUGGUUUGACACUUAUGAUGAAGAAAUGUUUAUUAGUAACGAUCCCGCAAUGGGUGUAUCUAGGCUAUUGUAUGAUUAUUCGCGGCCGAGAUUCUUAGCUUCGGAUUUAUUGAAUAUUUAUAAGAAUGAAGCAGAAAGUUUAUUCAGUAAAAAAUGGAAAUGGGACAUCUUUAAUAUGCAAAUAAUAAAAGAGAAGUAUACGAACCACGGUCGCUCUGCACUUUUUAAUGAAAAGUUUAAAGAAACACGGUUAGACAAAGUACUUACCGAAUUGGUUAUUCCUGCAGCAAACGAAACAAAUUUAACAAAAACACAUUUAUUUACGCGUUAUAAUGCUCUUAAAAACCCAACAGAAAAUGUCACGUUGGUUGAUGCUUUAAUGGCAACAACAGCUGCACCCACCUUUUUUCCACCUCACAAGAUAAAUAAUAAGGGUGUCUUUUUGGAUGGAGGAAUACAUCUUAAUAAUCCAGCAUUUGAAGCCUAUAGUGAAGCUAUUAAUUAUAAGGUAGAUAACAAAAAGAUUUCAGUGCUUUCUCUGGGCACAGGAAGCUAUAUACCAGAUCCUUUCAGUCCUGAGAAGUAUCGAGGUCAACUAUUUUGGGCACAGAAUCUCCAUAAUACUAUAAUGCACGCACAAGAAGGCAAUACUGAUCGCCAAAUGUAUACUAUGUUAGGAAAUCGCUAUCAGCGAUGGCAACUCUGGUUUGAAAAUCCGAUAAGAUUAGAUGAUUUGAAUAGCAUUCCUUAUCUUUUAGAAAUGGGCUAUCAAUAUAUAGAAGAACUCGAUUACUCUGACGAGAAUCCUAUUAACAAAUUAGUAGAGUUAUUACUAUUGAAAUGA